AUUUUCACCGGAAACGCAACAACGUGAACGUUUCGUUGUACAGUGGAGUGGAGGUGUUUUACAAGGAUACUGCUGAGAAGCACGGUAAAAAUACGGCAGGAUGGCUUACAGAGGACAAGGACAGAAGGUUCAGAAAGUUAUGGUGCAACCGAUCAAUCUCAUCUUCAGGUACCUUCAGAAUCGCUCUAGAAUCCAGGUGUGGCUUUAUGAGCAGAUCAACAUGAGGAUCGAGGGGUGUAUCAUUGGGUUUGAUGAAUAUAUGAACCUGGUUCUUGAUGAUGCAGAAGAGGUUCACAUGAAGACCAAGACCAGGAAGCCUCUUGGGAGGAUCAUGUUGAAAGGGGAUAACAUCACCUUGCUGCAAAGUGUAGCAAACUAACUCAAAGAACAGAAUUUUGUGUUGUGUUGUUAAGAGACAAUGUUUUGAUUUAUGUUUGGAUUGUCAUUCCUUGUUUAGAUGCAAAUAAAGUUGUUUCUGUACAAAAUAGUGUUACAUUUCUUAUUUUCUAAAAUAAAAUGGGAUUGUGUUUCUAAGUGAAGUCAGUUUUUUCAGAAAUGUUGCAGUGAUUGUUGUGAAAAUGUACUUCUUUUUGGCUAAUGUCUUGGCCUUGACCCCUUCCCCUCCUCUUCCAUCUCAUUUGUUUCUGUGUAUCACAAUUACAAAGGCGUCGUCUCAUUUAAAUACUUACCUGUGCUGUUUUCAUUUUCAUUGCCUUUAUGUAAUUGUUGUGCAGCAAUGUGUUGAGCAGGUUGUAGUACAAAAAUGACAGUGUUUUUGUGAGAUCAACCUUUUGUACAUUUCCACCACAUUAUACACUAUG